CAUCUAUAAAUAGCAUCGUUUUCCCGUUUGACCAGGCUCCUCCGAUUCUAGGUUUUUCAAUAAGCUCACGAGCCUAAUUUCGCCUUCCGGAGCUUUUGAUCAAUCAUGGGUCACUCUAAUGUCUGGAAUUCUCACCCCAAGACCUACGGGCCUGGCUCUCGCGCCUGUCGUGUAUGUGGAAACCCCCAUGCCAUCAUAAGGAAGUAUGGACUCAUGUGUUGCAGACAGUGCUUCCGUAGCAAUGCCAAGGAAAUUGGAUUCAUUAAGGUUGCUCUCUGUUUUCCUUUGGCAGUAUCGCUGAGGGAUUUAUGAUGCGAAGCAGGGAGGAAUUCGUUCAAGUAUGUACCAUUUUAGUAUGGUUUUCUAAUUAGAAGAAACUUUAAGAUCAUGUUUUUAUUGAGUUUAUUCUGGGACCUUUGAAGUGUUUUAUGAGGAGUACUUUUGUUGUUUCUUAAUGGAAGUUUAUUGCUGGUUUUACUAUAAAUUGUCUAUGCAAUGUGAAUGAUCUUAUUGAUUAUUGGCA